CUCCACAACCACACCUCAACUCACGCCUCCUCAGUCGACGGCACAGCAUUGAUGCAUGCCAUUUGGCACGUUGACACCACUUGGCAGACAGCUGCGCUCCGUGGUUGCCGCCAUUGGCCACUCGCGCACGCAUGCUAGUCAGGCCACUUCUCCUCGCGCAUUCCCUUUGACAGACCAGUGUCGGAGAGCCUACCAUGUCUCGUACUCCAACCGCGCAUCUACAGCAACGGCGGCGAAUGAAAUAGGCGAGGAGUCCGAGACCGAGCUGCAGCAUCUGGUGAGCCGAGAAGAGCCAAGAGCCGACAGGGGAUUUCAAGAAGAUGUGACGGUGCUCAGAAGCGGCCGAAAGAGGCGUCGAAGUCGGAGAAGGGUCGAUCAUAUCACUCAGGCCUUGCGCAGAACGGGGAAAACCGACAAUGCCCCCGCGCCUGUUGCUGGCAAGCAAGAUCUAUCCUAUUCCAAUGUCGCAAGACAAGGAUGGCUGGAGGCGGCUGUGUCGCGCACCGAGCUAUCUCAACACAAGCACGACUGGAAUACUGCUGAGGCGGAGGAUGGCAGACUCGCCAAAGUGCUUGCAAACUGGAUUCAGCACCAUGCGGCUUUUGAAGGCACGGGCGAGGCGGAGUGGAUGAUCGAGGACACUUUUGCCCUUCGGGCGGAAUCAGGUGUCCUACUGCGCACCAAGGGAUACAGCAUGGACGACUUGAAAGCCUGGUCCGACAUCGUUACUUCACAGGACUCACUGCAGGCUGCGCGUGCCCUUGUGGCAUACAUUACCACCCGCGGUCCGCAAUCUUUACCACUGUUCGUUCUUCUGUAUGCGCUCAGGAGGCCGUAUAUCAGCGCACGUGCGCUUGAAAUCAUCCUGCAGCGGGCAUUGAUCAUCCUUACCGAUCGAAGAACUCGCGGCCGGAUGAUGAGUGUGCCGGAAAAUGCAGUCUUCCUGAUCUUCAUGCGUCUAUUGCGCCACGCCCGCGAAGUCUGGCCCAGAGCUCUGGCGAGGAUUGCACAACUUCUGGUCGACUUUCUCCCCGCCGCAAUUUCAAAAGGCGAAGACCCGACGAUUGUUCAGAUGGAGAGACUGACCUAUAUGCUGAACCAAGCCCUGCGUCUGAUUGCAAAGCCUACGGCACUCGAGCCAUUCAAGAACAAUCACUUGCAAGAAGCGGCGAUCGUGUGCAUUUUGCGCUUCAUGGCAGAGCACAGGCCGACCUUGCAAACGAGCAGAGAUGGCUAUCGAGCGGUCGUCCUGGUUCAGCUGGCCCAGCGCAAGACGCCAGAAGAACGCCAAUGGGCCGAAUUGAAAGCUCUCUCCUGGCCGCCGUGGAAGCAGGAGCGCACUGCGAUGGACUCCGACAUCACCGCCGACGUGCAUGGGACAUCAAAGGCGCGCGAGACAUUAAUGCGCAUGCAAGAAGCCGGCUACCCACACAGGACGUGGGAGAAGACGGCAAUGAUCUAUACCGGCUGGGAUGUGGACUCCACACCAACAAUCCAAACACUGACCUUACUGAGUGGCCGCUUCGUGGGCUCAGAAAGCUCGCUUUGGACCGCGCGCAUCACUACCACGCGCACCGCACAAGAAGCAUGGGCAUGCUAUCUCGCGUACGACGAUGCAAAUCUGCCUCCAGACCAAGAUGUCUUCCUGGCCAUUUUCCGGAAAUUACACAACGAUGAGAUGCGUCGGAAAGGAAAUGGUGUCUCGAGGGCGCCUGAUGAAGAGCUACAUCCGGGAGACGGUCGGGAAGUCGAACCGCUCCCUCCAUCUACGCAUCUUCACACGUACACUCGAACGCCGCCGCCUACGAUGGACGGGCUCUACCGCCAGCUGCGCAACCGUGGCAUCGUAUUUAAGGAACGCUGCUUGGCCUUCCUCAUCGCGAACGCCAGCUCGUUGGAGCUCGGUCAGGAGUAUCUUCAAGACGGCGCCAUAGAGGAUCCAGAACUUCUCACGCUCCUCGAGUCAACACCACCUUCGCCGGGUAGUCAGCCGAUCUCAGCGCCGCUUCUCGCUGCCUACGUCGAACUGCUCUCACGCUUCUCAAUGUCAGCUUUGCGCCCCGCUCCCGCUAAGAAGCCGCACAUGGCUCCCGAGUCUACAUCCCCCAGCAUGGACAGCUAUCCCGUCACGAGGAACCUUGCUGUCGUUCAAGCGAUCGAACUGAUGGUGCAGCAUCGCCUAGUAUCCGGGCAAGCCUGGGCCUCGGUCCUCAGCGCUCUCGCCCGCGUAGGCUCGAUGCGAAAUACUAAGUCUACCCUCGCCAGCAGGCUGUCCCGCCACUACGGCGCGCGGACGGAGCAGCAGAUGCAAAUUGAGACCGCCAUCCUGGCGUACAGAUUGGUACGGCGCGUCCUCUCCCUCAUGCAGGACUGCCACCUGGACCUCGACGCCCACGCCUUCCACGCCCUAUGUCGCGUCACCGAAAACAUGGCGAAUGCCGGACUGACGGCCUUGACGAGCGAAGCGCAGGCGGGCACCAUGCUGCGCAGACAGGCUCUCGAGCUCUUGCGCAGCACCACGCACACGCACCGCUUGCGCGGCGAAUUCAGCAUCUUGGUCGGCACGCCGAGUCUCCGCCCGGGAGCUUCGAAGACCUCAUCAGCACCAGCGUCUGGAGUGGGAGAGUCCGACGCAGCGUCGCAGCUCCUCGAAGUGCCCGGCCCCUCGAUCCUGCACGCCUACGUGCGCGCCCUCGGCUGGAUGGGGGAUUUUGACGGCCUGCUGGAUCUCGCGCGCUGGAUCGUCGAGCAUCAGGAGGUGGUAUGUCAGGAGCGCGAUGCGGACAGGAAUGGGCGGGCGGUGUUUCGGCGGAUGCUGGUCGCGCUGCGUGUGUUCCUCGAGCGGAGCUGGAUCGCGGGCGAGGAGAGGGAGGGUGCUGCUAGGGGUUUGCGAGGCUCGGACGAGAUGGCUUCGUUGCCGGCGCAGGAGCGCGAGCUGCGACGUCGGAGGAUGCCUGCGCCGAGGGAUGUGGUUGAGGAGAUUCGAGGGCUAGUGGAGAGCGUGGAGGAUUGGGGUGGGUGGGCGGAGGAUGAGGAGGUGGAGGCGUAUGUGUCGCACGCGUGGUUUCGGCCUUUGAAGCAGGUGGUUUGAUAUGCACGA